GAAACUACAGCCUUACAUUGCACAGAAGAUUCUGCUUUUAUUUUGGAGAAUGGUUCAUACAAGGAAUUUUACAGUUUUCCUUGGAAAAUAUACAGUGAAUACGGCUGGUGAUGAGGACUACAAAGCAGGAGAGAUAAAGGUUAGACGGGUAUAUUUCUGACAAAAGUCAUGAAAAAAUCAGUAAAUAUAAAUAUUAAAUGAAUAUAUAUUUUAAAAGCACCAAUGAUUCACAGUAACACACGAUUUAUAUCUAAUUUAUUUAGGAUUUUCACGUUAAAUAUAAGAAAAUUCCGAGGGUUUCAUCAACGUCUCAUGCGACAUUAUCAACCACAGACUGUGGGUCAGAUAUUCGCGUUGAAAUCUAGUUCCAUUGAGUUGUAAUCUGACCUAGAAUCAGAUGUAUGUCUUUCCUCUCGCGCAUGCGUAUAGUGGACUAUACACCGACUGUUGACAAAUACCGGGGGAGGGACCACUGCGGCGUAAGUAGAUCUUUGUUCAUACUGCGAUGAAUUCAACAUAAUUGACCACUUUGUGUAUAUUUUAGCUCUUUUCAUAUCAUGUUAUAUUGUGUGUCUGUUGCUUCGGCGGUAACUGCGCUCACAGAGUCGGCGGAAAGAGAAAUAGUUUUGUUGAACAUCUGUAAAAAUAAAACCUCUGGGGCCGAGUUGCGGAAAGGUCCGCAUCAAGCUGGCCAACGUGUUAUAUGCAGUUUCCGGUGCGGAAUGCCAAAGUAAAAUAUGGGCCUACGUUCCCAUUCAGAUGUCUUGAGUUAAAGAGCAUAAAAGUACAAAACAAAAAACAGACUGCCUGUAUGAAUUAUAUCAAGUAAAACAAUAACUGUUUUCAUUGUUCAUGAGGUCGCCAACGGCUCUCUCUAAACGUGAUGCUUUUAUUCUGAAGGCAAACACUAGGCGACAGUUUCCGCUGUCUCCCACGGAAGCGUCCGCCCCUGACUCAGCUCGCGCGCAGCCCCUCUCGCUCUCUCUCUCCCCCUCUCUCUCUCUCUCUCUCUCCCUCCCUCCCGUUUUAAGGGCUGCUGAUCGAUAUUAUUAUCGAUUUGUGAAUAUUAUCAGUUUUUCCCGCUCUUAGUAGUUGCUGUCGUCAAACCGAUGAACCUGCUCCUCAGGCUGGCUGUGGGCGCGAGCGAAGGCGGUCUCCUCGUCCAGAAAUGAAGAGCCAACAGAAAAGCCCAGAACCAGAUGAGAGCGUUGCUGUCAGCGAGGAAGGUGCUGCCUUCAGGGUCUGCAGCCACGGCUGAGGACCCGGCGGCCAUCGCCACCAUUCAGUCUGCUGCCACCUACAGCGACCAGCCCAUCAAGUACCUCUUCAAGACGGAGGGCGCAGGCGGCCAGGUGACCUACAGAGUGAUCCAGGUGUCCGAUGGCCAGCUGGAGGGGCCGCCGGACGGGGCCGCGGCGGUCAGCCUGGUCACCGGGUUCCCAGCAGCCAAUCAGAGCAUCACGCAGGCCGUGUUCUCCCAGCCUGACGGCUUGGAGGCCGACGGCGCUGCGGAGACGCAGUACACCUACUACCCCGCCACCAUCGCCGACGCCACCACCGGCACCAUGGUGACCACGGUGCCGGCCUCCGACGCGCUGCUGGGACAGACCACGCCCAGCGGGCAGCUCUACGUGAUGAUGUCACCGCAGGAAGUGCUGACCGGCUGCAACCAGAGGACGAUCGCGCCGCGCACUCAGCCAUACGUCGCGAAGCAGGAAGCUCCUCGCGGCUCCAGAGACGACAAGCGGCGAGCGCAGCACAACGAAGUUGAGCGCCGGCGCCGGGACAAGAUCAACAACUGGAUCGUGCAGCUGUCGAAGGCCAUCCCCGACUGCAACAUCGACUACACCAAGACGGGACAGGUGAGCUCUGACCUCACCUCCAGCGCGGGGAGGGGCCUCAGCCCGGGAGACGCCCACGGAAGUAAAGGAGGGAUCCUGUCCAAAGCCUGCGAGUACAUCAAGGAGCUGCGACAGAGCAACAGGAAGCUGGGAGACGACAUCGGCGCCCUGGACCGGCUGCGGCUCGACAACCAGCUGCUCAGACAGGAAGUGGAAGACUGGAAGUCCAAGAACCAGAGCCUGAGGAACCUGCUGCGGCAGCACGGCGUCGUGGGCUCGUCCAGCUCGGAACCGCAGUGAGGAACCAGAACCUGAGACCACCAAAAGAGUACUUGAGAGGCUUUGAGAUGCUUUGUUCAGGAUGGGGAGUGGGGGAGGGGGGAGGGGGGGGGGGUCGUGUGUAAAUGAAUAUCAUCAUGAAUAUUCACGCUUCUUUGCCUCAUUCCACCCGUCUGAAUGUUGACCACGAACACAGCGCGCUCAUAAAGCACGACGUUAGUUCCUCUCGGUAUCGAACGCGCGGGCCUCGGCGUCUCGGGGGUCCACCGGGUCGACCAGCGCCGGCGUCCUCCAACUCAGCCCCUUUGAUUUAUAUUAUUUUGUUUUCACGGAAGCUCACCUGGGACGAUGACGGCAUUAAAACAACGUGAGCGUUGAUCUGCGUGUCUUUGUAAUAAAACAUAGAUCAUGUGAGUGUGUGUGUGUGUGUGUGUAUGCGUGUGUGUGUGUGUGUCAUGAGUCACAUUCAGCGGGGUUUAUUAAAGUUAGUAAAUUAGUUAAAAAGUG